ACCAGCCUUUCACACUGACCAAGGGUCUAAAUCUCCAGCUUGAAGGGCAAGUAUCCCAAAACCUUUAUACCUGUACUGGUUGUAACCAGUUGGAGACCUCAGGCUAGACACUGACAUUUUAGAUCAGUCUAGCCUAAAAUUUCAUUUAGGCCAGGACUUUGAUCUAGACCAUAUGAGUGGAAAAGUUCAGUCCGUUUACCAUUUCCCAUUCCACUGUAGUUCUGCUUUCAUUCUUAGAGUUGUUGUCCUGUUUGGAGGUGAACCUCUGCCCCAUUUGUAGUCUCUAACAGGGUUGUUUGAAGGAUUGCAUUUAUCUCCAUCCAUAUUUCCAUCACCUCUGGUCCUUCUCUGUAGCCUCAAAACCGUGGAAUAAUCUACCAGUUUAUACAAGAGCUGAGUUUUAAGGCACUUUUAAAGAUCUAGCUCUACUCCUUGGCUUUUUAAGUAAGUAGAGGUAAAAGUCUUUACUGUUUCUAUUGCUACAUUAAUAGUAUGUAUUUAUCAACUUUAUUCAGUUCCUCUAUGUCUUCUGUCUUUUUUCGUUAAUGAUCAGUUAUGUUCUUGCUGUGCAGCACUUUGAUGUAACUUGUUUGUUGUAAAUUGCUAUGCACAUAAGGCUGACAUUGACAUUGGUGAAGAUCAGCGUUCCCACAACUUGAUGCUGCCUUGUGUGGGUGGUGCACACUGUUUUUGUUGUUGUUGUUCAAACAUCACACAGUGUUUUGUUUGCAGUUGGUCUUGGUCUCAUUUGACAUGAGCUCCUUCUUCUACGUGUUUAUGGUGUCUCCUACAGUGGUGCAAACAGGAUUUUUUAUGAUUUCCUUGUUGUCACUCUAUAAAGACCAGAUUUGCAGAGUGCGCUGGUAAUAGUUGUCCUGUCCACAGACUCUCCUUUUGAGUACAGUGCAUCUCUGCUGCUCCUCCAGAGUUACCAUGAGUGCUGCUUUAGUGUCCUGACCUGUCCACCUAGGUGGACGACCUUGUCUCAGUAGGAAGGCAAUAGUUCUAUAAUCUUUCCAUACUCAAAUUAUAUAUUAUUGCUCUAUAGAUAUAGAUCUUGGCUGCUACUAAUAUUCUCCUCAGUUCAGGUGAAGGAUCUGUUUUUUUUUUUCAGGUUUGAAGUUAUUCCAUAAUCUUUCAAAUUUCACAUAAUUAAUUGAAAAAUGAGACGUGAUAAUAUUUUAUAAUCUAAACCUGCUUUAGACUUCUUUUCAGUCUGUUUGUUGUUUUCCUCCCUUCAUAAUGACUAAUUUGCCUCUCUCUAUGAUAGUUCUUUGUUGGCUAAUGUUCUCUAACAAACCUUUGAGGCGUUCACGAACAGCUGUAUUUAUAAUGAGAUUAAAUGGAUUGUCAAUACUAAUUAACUGAUUUACAAAGAAAAGUUGUUAUUCUCGGUUUUAUUUAUGAGUAUAAAUGUAAAGAGGAACAAAACGCUUCACAUUUUAGGCGUGAAUAUGUCAAAAAGUUGUGGUUGAUUUUUUUUUUCUCCAGUUAACAAUGACGUACUUUUGUAUUGGUCUGCCAUAUAAAGUCCCAAUAAAACACAAUUUGUCAUAAUAUAUUAUAACAUUCAAUGAUUAUAAACACUUUUGCAAGAGACUGCAUGCAUCCUUCUUUUCCAGAGGCAAUGGCUCAGAAUGUUAUGUUGUGUUACACGUUCUACAAAGAUUCUACAUGAAAAAUUCACUGUUUCUUUUGACCUUUUCUAUUGAUGGAUGUGUUUUUUUUAUACCACCAGCUAAAGGUUACAGACUACCAUGUCAGGUGUUCAGUGGUGUCCCGUUACGCUGUUACAACAAUCCAGAGUUCAGUGUGGAACCAGCUCCCCAUUGUCAAGGAGGCAGCGUUUGAGGUGGACCUGCCCUCUUCUGCUUUCAUCUCCAACUUCACCAUUGCCUCCAAUGGUAAGGCGUAUGUGGCUCAAGUGAAGGAAAGAGCUGCGGCCAGGAAAAUCUACGACGCCGCUAAGAAGCAAGGAAAAACAGCCGGACUUGCCGCCACCAAAGAAAGGGAAGUUGAGAAGUUUCGUGUAGCGGUGAGCGUACCAUCGGGAACUCGGAUGUCUUUCCUCCUGACCUACGAGGAAUUAUUACCCCGUCGACUCGGCCGCUAUGAGCUCAGUUUAGGCCUGAGACCCGGGCAGCCUGUGCAGAACCUCACGUUAGAUGUCAGCAUACACGAGAGGACGGGCAUCAGUUUGAUCAAAGUACUUCCUCUGAGGACUAGCCGAUUGCUGACAAACACAGCCCAGGGUGAUUCAACCCCCCCUGCCUCCACUCAGGUUGAGAAGAGCAAUAGCUGUGCUAGAAUUUACUACAGCCCAACUCCACAGCAGCAGAACAGCAUAUCCUCCAAAGGCAUAAAUGCAGACUUCAUCGUUCAGUAUGACGUGGACCUCAAGGACAUGUUGGGCGACGUUCAGGUGUACGAUGGCUACUUUGUGCAUUACUUUGCACCAAGAGGGCUUCCAGUGGUUCCCAAGGACAUUAUAUUUGUCAUUGAUGUCAGUGGUUCCAUGAUAGGCACCAAGAUAAAGCAGACCAAGCAGGCGAUGAAUACCAUCCUUGGAGACCUCAGAGAGGGAGACCACUUUAACAUCAUCACCUUCUCAGACAAGGUUCACACUUGGAGGAAAGGUCGAACAGUGCGAGCAACUCGGCAGAACGUACGAGAGGCCAAAGAGUUUGUGAGGAGAAUCAUUGCAGAAGGAUGGACUAAUAUCAACGCAGCUCUGCUGUCAGCUGCCCAGCUUGUUAACCCUUCAUCAUCCGGAUCCUCAAGCCACAUUGCAUCUCAACGGGUCCCACUGGUUAUCUUUCUGACAGACGGGGAAGCAACCACGGGAGUCACGUCUGGUGACACCAUACUUAAUAACGCCAAAAAAGCAUUGGGCCCAGCUACUCUGUUUGGUCUAGCCUUUGGAGACGACGCGGACUUCCUUCUUCUGAAACGCCUGGCUCUGGAAAACCGAGGCGUGGCCAGGAUGGUCUAUGAAGAGGCAGAUGCAGCUUUGCAGCUGAAGGGGUUCUAUGAUGAAGUGGCCAACCCUUUGCUGUCAGAUAUCCAGCUUUCUUACAUGGAUGAUCAGGCAUUUGACGUCACCCGCUCCUUGUUCCCAAACUACUUCCAAGGCUCUGAGUUAGUUGUGGCAGGGAGAGUAAAACCUGGAGUAAAAGACCUAAAGGUGUCGGUUUCAGCAACCGAUUCAAAGCAGAACAUAAACCUGGAAGAUAAUGUUCUUAUUUCCAGUGCAAAAGAAAAUGGGGGUAAAGGCUUUUUAAACUGUUUGGGAGAGUUGGAAGGCGUGUCAAGCUUUGUGCAUCGUCUCUGGGCAUACUUCACCAUCAAAGAGCUGCUACUGGCCAAACUCAAUGCAACUGACCCCGCAACCCAAAAGUUACUGGCAGACAAAGCUGUUAACCUCUCCCUCAAAUAUAACUUUGUGACCCCAGUCACUUCUUUGGUUGUCGUUAAGCCAGAUGCAGAUGAAGCAGCUCAGGGUCUGACCACCGCGAAGCCUACAACUACUGGUACUACUACUACCACCACGGCAGCGACGACAGUACACCCCAGCAAAAUGUUAGCUGAUAAACAGAAGAGGAAGUCAAACCUACCCUCUAAUCCCCUGCCUAAGACAUCUAAACCGGACCCACCUCAACCACCAGCAAAUAAACAGAAAACUAAACCUAAGUCAUUGCCAACGUUUCUGGCUAAAACAGUGGUUUCGCCAACCAGAAGAACAGCUACACACCCAAGCCCUGCUCCUAUCAAAACUGCCCUCAGUAAGAAAAAAACUGCUGCCUCCCAGAAUGAUUCUAAAACACCCACCCUGCCUGCGCCAUCUGGGAAGACGCCCACCUCUCUACUAAGUGCUCUAAAAACAGCACAACCUCCUGCCACUCAGAUGCCCGGUGCCAUGAAAAUAACCUCAGUCCCGACAACAACAGCUACACAAACAUUUGAUACCAGCGCUUCGCCUCACCCCAAUUCACCCGGAACUGACCCUGCACCGCUGACAAGGAGAACCAUGCCCCAACAGCUCAGUCCUCCUCUCAGAGGGACAAGUCUGUCUUCAGGGAUGGACAACCACACCAAUACAGCCUCAAACCGUCAUCACUCUGAAACGACUCCUGAAAUUCCUCUCAGCUCGCCCUCCCCAGCCUCAGCACCAGUAGCGGGACACAACAGCUCUAAUCUAGAUGCCGACUCGGAUAUGAACAUUGCCACCUUGGUUUUGGGUACCUUUGCUCCCAUGCCUGGAGUUACCGAUGGACCAGGACUGUGGGAAGCAGCUGGCCUUCUGGAUGUGUCUACUUCCAUUCAGAGUGAAGAAGAUCUGAACCUUGUGAAAGAUUACGAUGCAACAUAUAAUUAUGACUACGAUCUCAGCUAUGAUACCUGGGAUGAUAACAGUGAUUCAUUUGUGCUUGGGAGUGAGGAGGACUGUCCUUUAGUUGAAUGUCUUGUCCUUUUAGAACCUCAAUCCAGACUGAAUUCUGUGAGGCUCUUCUCCUCAUCAGUUGAUGGAGAUCCUCAUUUUGUGGUCCAACUCCCAAAGUUGCACCAGAACCUUUGUUUUACUGUCGAUGGCAGAGCCAACGAUGUGCUCAGACUUCUGGAGGAUCCAGAGCGAGGCAUCAUUGUGGAUGGCCGCCUGAUGGGGGCUCCCCCAAAGCCCGGAGCAGAAGGCCGUUCCCGGACGUACUUCGACCAGCUCACCAUCUCAGUACCAGCAGGCCGUUCGGCUGACAUCAUGAUCACCUUGUCGCUGGAUGGUGUGGUAGUGGAUGGAGAAGGAAGGGAGCUCCUUCCUGUCGAUCAACAGGGAUCAGUGACCAGGCAGGGCGUGACGGUGACCGUGGACAACCAUCAGAGCUGCUGGAUCGAGCUGGCUAAAGGUGUGCGGUUCCUGGUGCUGUUCCAUCACUACAAACACCCCAACUAUCUGCAGCUGGCUCACCUGGGGUUUUACGUCACAGAUGGACGGGGUCUUUCACCGCUAACCCAAGGCCUCCUGGGUCAGUUUCAGCACUCGGACAUGACUGUAACUGUGACGGACGAUCGUCAGCACCAACGUGCUCACCCACACAGCAAAGAGGAGAUUCUAGCCAGGGGAAUCCUGAGCUGGGGAGCACAUCGGAUGCCGGUGACUUUACAGGAGAAGACGGUGAAAGACUCUGUGCAAAAGCGCCACCUGGGCAAAUGCUGGGUGGUUCCUAAGGCUGAGCUCGAGAGACUGCUGAGUCACUCCUACGAGAGUUACGUGGUGAACAAUGUGUAACCCUAGCUGAGCCAGCUCCACCUGUUGUUUGUCCGCAGCACGGCUCAGGUACCAGCAGUUCACCAGCGAUCAGACAAAGGACGAAGCUAGCCGGGAGUCCCCUGGAUAAAGACAACAUGUUGUUCCAGUCAGACAGAGAGGCGGUUGUGAAACAGGAAGGGAUGGAUGCUGCAGCCCGGGGGCAGAAAGAAGAAGUUAGAUUAAUUAGAAUGAAAAUGUACAGUUACUCAAAUGCAGAAGUGAACAGAGCCUCUUUAUCACUCUCUAUCACUGACUGCUUUCAUUCUGUGUUUCUUUAUGUGUCACAGAGACUCGGUGUGCUUCUGGUUGCAGGGGAACAGCAGAUCAUUCAUUCUUUGCUGCCGCUCUGAAAUGCGAGUUAUUUAUUGGAAUGAUCUUAUACGUCAUUCUUCCCUGUCUGGAUCGUAUGUAAUUAGUAAAAGCAUCUCUCUGUAAGCUGUAACCUUCAGUUCAAGUGUGUAUAAGGCCUUGUAUGUGUGUGUGAAUACAUAUGUCUAUAAAUGU